CUCGCCUCCCGCUUUGCUAGGCAGGGGAGGCGCCCGCGCAAGUCGCCUUUUAAGCGGCCCCGAUGCUAAAUUACACCUGGUUGUUGCAGUGGCUGGUGGAAAAGAGGGAGGAGUCACUCAGGAGCAUGGCGGCUUUGAACUGGAAGCCAUUCGUCUACGGAGGCCUGGCUUCCAUCACUGCAGAAUGUGGUACUUUUCCAAUCGAUCUGACGAAAACACGGCUGCAGAUCCAAGGCCAGAAAAACGACGCCAAGCAUAAAGACAUCCGCUACCGUGGAAUGCUUCACGCGUUAGUGAAAAUAGUCAGGGAAGAAGGAUUGAAAGCUUUAUACUCUGGAAUAGCGCCGGCUAUGCUGCGCCAGGCCUCUUACGGGACCAUAAAAAUAGGCACUUAUCAGAGCUUGAAAAGGAUAUUUAUCGAACGGCCAGAAGACGAAACUCUGGCUGUCAAUGUCUUGUGUGGGAUUCUGUCUGGAGUCAUUUCCUCUUCCAUUGCGAACCCCACCGAUGUGCUGAAGAUCAGAAUGCAAGCCCAAGGAAGUCUCAUCGAAGGCGGCAUGUUUGGGAAUUUCAUGAAUAUUUAUCAGAACGAAGGCACCCGAGGCCUGUGGAAGGCAAGUUAUUCAAUACAUAUCAGACACGUGCCAAGUUUGAGAAAGUUCACAGGGCGAAAGCAACUCCUUCUGGAUUGUGGCUGGUUUCCCCCGAUUGGGCAACACUGUGUUUGGGGAUUUAAAGAUGAUCAAUUGAUCAUCAUUGUAUUGAUUGCCUUGAUAG